UCUAAACUUUUUUUUAAAUAGGAAAUAUUUCUUUAAAAAAAUAACUAUAAGUAUUUACAAACUAUGUUCCAACAUUAAUAUUUUUGUUCUGGACACAUGAGUAUUUUCUCAGCAUAAGGAAGAAGAUCCAGUAAAUGAAAGCUUCCAACUCUGAGUUUCCAUGAAAACUUGAGUGUGAAAGAAUUGGGUCAGACUGAGCCUUCUUUGUUCACACCAGUAUAAAACCUAAUGUAAUCGCUGAGACAAUCACAAAAGAAGGAGCACAAAUAGAAAUGGUUUUCAAAAGGAAAUAUCCAAGUGUUCUAGAUUAGUGUGUGCCCAACAACUCAAAAUGAGGCCAGCUGGCCUCUCAAAGGGCCCUGGAAAGACCAACCUGCCCCCUCCCAGCCUCCACCACCAUCAUACUAACCACCCUGAAGUAAAAAGGGGAAGAAUACAACAUUCUACAGAACAAAAACAAGUGCGAGAAAUUUAAGACAAAAGUAAAAAAGAAAUGUCGAGAACCUGGGACCUAAAUUUCCUUUUAACUGCCAAAUUAACUUCACGGCCAACAACAGAGGUGUAGGGAGCACACUGGCCCUGGGGAAACAGGGUGAAGAGGACAGACAGGACCCCUGUCUUCAUACAACCAUCUAUGGUGGGGAGAGAGACAACAAGUGGUACGCCAACAGCACAAGGUGAAUUAUGGACAGUGAAGCCCAAAGUCCGUGCUGGGACAUGAUGAGAGGCAGGGACGCAGGGCCACUGUUAGCAGGGUGGUCAGGGAAGGUCUGUCUCAGGAAGGGACUGCUGAGCUGAGACCCAGAAGAAAAGGAGCCAGCCCAGCAAACAGUUGGGGAAGAAGGUCCCAAGUUGGAAUAAGACAGUCUGGCUGUGUCAGAAUCAGAAGGUACAAGCUGUGGGUAGAGUAUAAGAUGUGAAGGGGAGAAGGGCUAGAACUGACCAGCGAAGUCCACUCUGCUCUGUGGGAACAGAGAGCUACAGGGCCCUACUAGCUCUCUGAUGGAACGUGACCUCCCGCCCAAAAUCAUCCAGGGGCACAGUCCUUAAAUUCAAGAAGCCAAAGAAAAGCUGAAGCAUCCACUAAGUGGGGUGGGGGGAGGGUGGGCAGAGGUACCCCUUGGUGUCACUAGAUUAUCCCCUGCAUGCAAAAAAGAAACUAGACUCAGAAAAGUUAAGUGGCUUGUACAUUACACAGCUCUCCAAGGGAUGAGCUAGGACACACACUAGGAGUGUCUGACUGGUAUAUCCAAUUCCUUUCAUUACAUCCCAUGAUUAUUUCCAUUUUUUAACAUAACAAAAGCAUCUGGCAGAAGUUAUAAUAGAAUAUUAAGAUUCAUGUGAACUGAGGAUUUUUCACUUAUGAUAUUGACCAAGGCUCAAAUGAUCCCUUGAUGUACCCAGAAAGUUUGUCCUUAUACAAUUCCUAUCAAUUAAUCUAUCUUCUUUAUAAAUUGAUGUUAAUUAACACUUGGAAACAAUCUCUACAUGAUCUUCUGAAUACAUAAUUCAUACAAAUUGAAAUAUAGAAGCCUAUGGGUCCAACAGGCUUAUAACUGAUGGUAAUACAGAAAUAUGACAGCAGGCCAUUCAGGCAGGUUUGGACCCCUUGUACAUGGAAACAUCAUAUUUACUGAUAUGAACUUAAUUAAUGCAAUAUUAAACAGAAAAAGCAGAGCACAACAUGGAAUGUACAAAUUGGUUAUAACUUUGACAAAGUUGUACAUAUACUUAUCAACAACGAUGAGAAAUAAAUUUAAAGGCAUAAAAUAAAGAUACAUUUCUAUGAAGGUCAGUUUCUUUUACAGUACCUUGAGCUCACUAAAUAAAUCUAUGAGGCACCUUUCUAAAAGAAAACAAUGUUAGAGAAAUAAAUGUCUUAAAAGGUCAACUUUCUUAAUAUCCACCCAGAACACAGGCUCGUAUUCUCCUCCCCACUUAGAAUCUUAAAAAUACAAAUAGCAUUAGAGAUUUUCUGAUUUUAAUUUAAAUACCUGAGGGAUGUAUUACUCGACAUUUCAAUAGUGACCCAAUGGAAAAAUCAGGGCAAAAAAUGACUCUUAAAGCCAAAUAUUAGUAUAAACAUUGAACACCAUCCAACAUUUUUCUAGAGAAUUGUUGCAAAAUAAACAUCACCCACUCAUAACACAUGCCAUAAAACUCAUCUGAAGCCUCAUUUUUCUCCUACCCUGCUAUCUCAGAGAUUAAAAUGCUGCACCAAUAAUUUACUCCUUCCAGAAAUAUUUACAGAGUUUCACGAAAUGUAAUAAUUGAUGGGCUUCCAAAAUGCUGCCUAAAUUGUCUAGUGGGCCUGAAAACUUUUAAGUUGUUCAAAACCAUCAACACAGUUCUGGGACCCAUUACUCUGUCUUCUGCAGUGUGUUUCUUCUCCUUGCAUGUACGAAUUUAGCUACUUUUGUAUUUAUCACCCGCUGCCCAGCAAACAGUGGCCUGCUUAAGAUGAACUGUUAAGUGUAUAUACAAAAUGAAUUUCGAAAACUAUUUAACCCUACAUUAAAAUGAACGGGAGAAAAGUCAAAAGAAAUGCUCUAUAGAAAAAAAAUUUGUUUUCAUUAUAUAUACUUCAAAUCAAAUUUCUUAGAUCCUCUACUUCAUCUUGAAAGUUGGUAACUCCAUUCGCAAUCAUCGGUUUUAUAUAGUAUUCCCUGAAUCCAAAGGACAUAGCAAAUAAAAACAAACAAACAAAAAAAUGAACAUCGGGAAUGUACUAAAUGCCACUGAAUUGAAAACUAAAACGGUUAACUUUGUAUUAUGUGAAUUUUACCUUAACUAAAAAAAAGGAUAAAGUUACCAAUAUAUGCCUAUAGUACCAUGAAAAUAUAUAUGUGAUAGAGAAUAUAGAAAGUCUAAGCAAUGAAACUGUAAGGUUGUCCAACCAAAGCAUUAUAACAAUAAAAAAUUAUGUAUCAUGAUUUCAUGUCUGAGAUUUACUUCAAAAGAACAUGCAGGGGAAAAUAUGGGGAGCCGAGGAAUGGGUAAGGGUCUAGCUGAACAAGAUUGGCUGAGUUGGUAGUUGUUGAAGCUGGGUGAUUGGUAGGGGAGUUCAUUAUAUUAUUCCCUUCGCUUUAGUAUUGGUUUAAAAAUGUCCAUAGUAAACCAUUUUUAAAUUAUAUCUUUACAACAGAUCUAAUUCUGGAACUAAAAACACAUAGACAGCACUGGGUACAUUAGGAAGCUUAAAAUAAAUCAGAAAAUUGACAAAACUGAGGCCGGGUUUCCUCUAGGAGGACAGGAAGGAAGGGUUCAGUCCUGGCAACCUCAGUGCAAUGUGGUUCGAGAUUCUGCCCGGGAUCGGCAUCAUGGUCAUGUGCUUCAUCAUCCCUAGCAUAGCCACUGCAUACAUCCACAGGUGCAGUAACGGGGGGCGAGGAAAAAGGGCUGCCUGUUAACCUUUUCAGUGGAGUUUGAUGCAAAGAGAUAGGCUUGUCUCUGGAGUUAAUUGUUACUAUGUGUCAAAGGGUUUGGAUAAUAUCAAUUAAGGAAGCCUUUUCCUGAUUGAUGAAAAAUAACUUGGUUGUGCUCAUCCACCCCUUCUAGAAGGUUAUGCAUUGUGUCGAUGUGGUACAUAAUAAGAACAACAAAAAGGUAACCCCCCAAAAAAGGAAAACUGGCAAAAUUAUCAUCUCACUUUGUCAUUAGGAGAACAUCUGACUUCUAACAUUGUCCGUUGUUAGCUUCUUUUUUUUCAUGAACAAGAAAGCUUGGGCAUUUUUCUUCAGUGACUGAUUUCACAGCCUUCAUACACAGCACAUUUUACAAAGGGUAACAAUUUAUGAGAUCAG